AUGAAGCCCCUCGGAAACCCGGACAGGGUCGACAAGCUAUGGGAGGUCAUCGACACCCGGAGACAGGGCUACGUGGACUUUAAUGGCUUGAGGAAGGGCCUUCGAAAGAUGGAUCAUCCCCUCAAAAAUGCAGACUCUAUGCUUCGGCAAGUUUUCAACACGGUAGAUACGAGCGGUGAUGGUCGAAUCCAAUAUGGAGAAUUUCGCGACUUUGUCUCCAGUGCCGACGAAGCGUUGUGGGAGUUAUUCAAAAGCAUUGAUCGCAAUAACAACGGAGAAAUAGACAGGUCGGAAUUGAAAGAUGCAUUUUCAAGUGCGGGGAUUACAGUAUCAAGCUCUAUGCUUGAUGAAUUUUUGGCUCAAAUGGACCGGAAUCAUGACGGGGUUAUAAGCUAUAAUGAGUGGAGAGACUUCCUACUCUUCCUACCAACCGAAGCCACCAACUUGCGCACCGUGCUGUCAUACUACAAGGCAACGGGAAAUCUAAACCCGGAAGGAGACGUCGACAUCAGUGAUACUCUACAGGGUUUAGGUAUUGGAAUCCCGACCCUGUCUCAUUUCUUACUCUAUGCCCUAGAAACUGCUCUAUACUGUGCCCUUCACGUUCCGCUCUCAAUAUUCAUGAAUGCCGCUCCAUUCAACCUGGUAGCUGUGGCAUAUGCAGAGACGCCCGAUGCUGAGCCAGCCUCCGAUCAGGACUCAAAGGUUGUGUUUGACAGGGAUGUUGAUGUUGAUGUUGAUGUUGAUCGUGAUUAUGAGCUGGAGUGGCUUUCUGUUUCCCAACCUGUAGCUAUGUGGCUGUCAGUACACUCUUUUGAACUGCAGUUGACCGACAUCUUCCCUCACUUAGGUUACUUUAUCGCCGGUGGAGUCGCUGGCGCCGUCUCACGGACAGCUACCGCACCCCUCGACCGUCUGAAAGUGUACCUCAUCGCCCAGACUGGCGUACGUGAAGAGGCUGUCCGUGCGGCUCAAAAAGGUGCCCCGGUGAACGCCAUGCGGAAGGGAAUCCAGAGUCUGGUCGAUGCGACGAAGGAGCUAUGGAAGGCGGGCGGGAUCCGCAGUCUUUUUGCUGGCAAUGGACUCAAUGUUGUCAAAAUCAUGCCGGAAUCUGCCAUCAAGUUUGGUGCCUACGAAUCAUCGAAACGGGCAUUCGCACGUCUUGAAGGACACAAUGAUACAAAAAAGAUCAGACCAGUUUCUCAGUUUUUGUCCGGUGGCUUUGGUGGCAUGGUAGCUCAAUGUUUCGUCUACCCUAUUGACACGUUGAAAUUUCGUAUGCAAUGCGAACUCGUCCAAGGAGGCGUCCAAGGCAACAAACUCAUCGCCGAAACUGCACGCAAAAUGUGGCAGAGCACCGGCGGCUUUGCCUUCUUCCGUGGCUUACCUCUCGGUCUCAUUGGCAUGUUCCCCUACGCGGCAAUUGAUCUAUCAACAUUUGAAUAUCUUAAACGAAGAAUCCUCGCACGAAAAGCGCGACAAGACAAAUGCCACGAAGAUGACGUGGUUCUGAGCAACUUUACGACUGGAGCCAUCGGUGCUUUUAGUGGUGCUCUAGGCGCAUCUUUCGUCUAUCCGCUUAACGUCCUGCGAACACGAUUACAAGCACAGGGCACAGUCCUACAUCCCACGACAUACGACGGUAUCAUGGAUGUGACGCGAACGACUUAUCGAGCCGAAGGUUUCCGCGGAUUUUACAAGGGCAUUACCCCAAACAUGCUCAAAGUUGCGCCGGCAGUAUCGAUCAGUUACAUUGUCUAUGAGAACUCGAAACGCUUCCUAGGUCUGAAAUAA